CAGCCGUUAGAACAGAUUUCUCUCUGCACAACAAGUCCAAAUUGCCCAGCUUCGUACAGGGAAGGACAAUACAUCGCAAUGGCCAAGAUCUCAAACGCCGUGUCCUCCAGCCGUCGUAAGAGCCGAAAGGCGCACUUCUCUGCGCCCUCCAGCCUUAGGCGCAAGAUCAUGUCUGCGCCCUUGGACAAGGAACUGAGGGAGAAGUACAACUGCCGCUCCAUCCCCAUCCGCAAGGAUGACGAGGUGAAGAUUGUCCGGGGUACCUACAACGGUCGGGAGGGCAAGGUCACCACUGUUUACCGUAAGAAGUGGUGCAUCUACGUUGAGAAGGUCACCCGCGACAAGGUCAACGGUGCUUCCGUCCAGAUCCCCAUUCACCCUUCCAAGGUGGUCAUCACCAAAUUGAAGCUCGACAAGGACCGCAAGGACUUGCUUGAGCGCAAGGCCGCUGGCCGCAAGACUGAGGCCAAGACCGAGCAGUAAAUAUAAUGCUGUUCUUUAAUAUACUUGUGUGCCUUCUAAAUUUUGGGGGUUGUUAUCUGUUGUCAUUGCAUAUACUACCAUUUUACACAUCGAACUCGCUGAUGAG